UUGCGGAGGCGUCUCCCAAGGAGAAAACCGAACAGGAGGGAUCUGCGUCGCGUGCUCGAUGGUUUCGUAACGAGCUACGUCCUCAGAUGUCUCCUGCGAUGGUCUUGCGUCGUCAUCCUGGGCAUUAGGCGCUGCACGAAUGUUCGACAAAUGUGCCUUGAGCACUUCCUGACGGCGGUCAAGGAGCUGGCACUCGUCGGCAAGCGGAGGCAAUUCACUCGUACGCGGAUUGAUCAGAUCCUGCGGUGUCUUACCUUCAAUUGCUUCUAAUGCCAUAUGGGCCUUCGUUAGCUUGGAUUUGCACGCACUGAUUGUUGACAUGAUUGUUUGCAGCGACAGGAGGUAGUAACUGUCAGACCCAAAUCUAGGCGGCUUCACGGAACGACCGGCUAA